AUGGCACAAACGCUGAGGGAACAUCUUCCCCAGCACCACCUCACGGUGGUCUCGGUGCGAGGCUGUGCCCCCUGCCAACCUGUGCGCUACGCACUCUGCAGCCAUCUUGUCACCUGCGGGAGUGAGCGAUUCCAGGGCGGGGGCAGGCAGGAGAACAGGAGACAGGCCGGAGAAACAGACCCUGAACUAGAAGGAGUAAGUGCAAAGAUCCGAACGGCAAAGGAGGUCCUCACGUACUGGAAAUUGCUAGAAGCUCCAAAUUUGAGGCAUGGGCCCGGCAGCUUGGCCCUGUGCGGUGCAGGCGGCGUCCGGACCACGCGCAGGCCCGGCAGGUGCGGAGCGUCCCUGGGCGCCUGUGCCCCGGGCACCGAUGAGCCCAGCCCCGAGGGCCUCACCUCCACCUCGCUACUGGACCUGCUGCUGCCCACCGGCCUCGGACCGCUGGAGCCAGAGGAGCCCAGCGAGGCCCCCGGCUCCGGCUAUCCCAGCGAGGACAGCGAGGAGUCCCGCAUCCUGCAGCCCCCCCAGUACUUCUGGGAGGAGGAGGAGACGCUGAACGGCUCCGCCUUGGACCUGGGUCCCACUGCAGACUACAUUUUCCCAGACCUGACGGGCAAGGCGGCCUCUCCGGAGGACCCCGACCUCCCCUCCGCUCUGCCCAAGAUGAGCCUGGCUGAGCCUCCCUGGCAUCUGCCUCUGGAAGAGGAAGAGGAGGAGGAGGAGGAGGAGAGGGAGAAGGAAGAAGUGGAAAAGGAGGAGGAGGAGGAGGAAGAGGAGGAGGAGGAGGAACUGCUCCCUGUGAGCAGGUCCCAGGAGGAAGCCCCGACGCUGGCCACCUCUCCCAGCACCACCGGCCGCAGUCAGGAGGAUCCUGGGGACCAGGCCGUGCCCCGAGCCGAGAUGGAAAGCACUGUGCAGCCCAGCCUGGCGCCGCCCUCAGCCACCCCAAGUCCAGCGUCCCCGGAGGGUCUGGACAUCACCGGUCGGGAGGCCGGGCCCGGGGCCGAGCUCCAGGCAGCCCAGGAGGCGGGCGCCGGGGCCACCGCCGGGACCUGGCCUUCCCCGGCAGGAGGCAGGGCUGUACCGCCCACAGAGGGCCCCCGGUACCCUGGCUCUCCAGCCUCCUUCCCACCCACCCCCCAAGACUCAGACCCCACACCUUCUUCCACCGCCCCGAGGCAAGGAGACCCCAGCCGGCAGCCCUGGGACUCUGCUCAGGUGAUCUGCAAGGACUGGAGCAAUCUGGCUGGGAAGAGCUACGUCAUUCUGAACAUGACAGAAAAUGUAGACUGUGAGGCGUUCCGGCGGCACCGGGGCCUGCAGCUGCUGGCGCUGGUGGAGGAGGCGCUGCCCGGCCGGGGCCGCGACGCCUGGCGCAUCUCCCUGAGCAAGCCCAGCGAGAAGGAGCAGCACCUGCUGAUGACGCUGGUGGGCGAGCAGGGGGUGGUGCCCACCCAGGAUGUGCUCUCCGUGCUGGGCAGCAUCCGCCAGAGCCUGGAGGAGAUUGGAAUCCAGAACUACUCCACCACCAGCAGCUGCCAGGCGCGGGCCACCCAGGUGCGCAGCGACUACGGGACGCUGUUCGUGGUGCUGGUGGUCAUCGGCGUCGUCUGCUUCCUCAUCAUCGUGCUGGGCCUGCUCUACAACUGCUGGCAGCGCCGGCUGCCCAAGCUUGAGCGCGUGGUGAGCGCGGCGGGCGCAGCCGGGCCGCCCGAGACCGCGUGGGCCUCUGCUUGA